CCCAGCCAGAUGCCUGUGUGUCACCGCUGAUCCAGUCCCCACGGGAAGUGGAUCCCUGUACCCAAGGUUCCGGGGCCGGGCAUAUUCAUAGCUAUGGCUGGAAGAAGCGGCCCGGUCUGGGUCUCCGGGUGGGGGAAGGCGGUGCUGGUAUUGGUCCAGGUUCUGGCUGUAGCUGUUCACACCUCACAGGCUCGUCAGCUCCGUUUUGUCACCGUGGUAUAUCGUCAUGGUGACCGGUCGCCAGUCAGGGCUUACCCAAAGGAUCCUCAUCAGGAAAGUGCCUGGCCUCAAGGAUUUGGGCAGCUCACACAGAUUGGGAUGAAGCAGCACUGGGGUUUGGGACAGGCAUUGCGAGAACGAUACAAAGGAUUCCUUAAUGAAUCAUACAACCGACAUGAGAUCUAUGUAAGGAGUACAGAUGUGGAUCGGACACUAAUGAGCGCUGAGGCCAACCUGGCGGGUCUCUACCCACCUGAAGGCUCCCAGGUAUUCCAUUCAAACCUCACCUGGCAGCCUAUCCCAGUGCAUACAGUGCCAGAUUCUGAAGAGCGACUCCUGAAGUUUCCAUUACUUUCAUGUCCGAAAUAUAAAAAACUGCAGGAGGAGACACGGCACUCUCCAGAAUAUAUCAACAUGACAAGAGACAAUUUGGAAUUCAUGCAAAUGGUAGCAAAUGAGACGGGACUGUCUGACUGCUCCUUGGAAUCUGUGUGGACAAUCUCCGACAUCCUGUUUUGUGAGGCAAAGCAUAACCUGAGUCUCCCCUCCUGGGCAACAGAAGAGGUUGUGGCACGCUUGAGUGAAUUAAAGGAUUUCAGCUUCAGGUUCCUGUUUGGGAUUAUUGAACAGAAGAAUAAAGCUCGUUUACAGGGAGGAGUCUUGGUGGCACAGAUCCUGGAGAAUAUAACGGCAGCCGCACAGAAUGCCACCAGUGGCCUUAAGCUCAUUGCAUACUCAUCCCAUGACACCACACUGGGUGCUUUACAGAUGGCUCUGGAUGUGUCUAAUGGGAAACAGGCUCCAUAUGCAUCGUGCCAUAUAUUUGAGCUGUAUGAAGAGAACUCUGGGAACUUUACAGUGGAGAUGUACUUCAGAAAUGACAGCAGCCAACCACCUUACAACUUGACACUCCCAGGCUGUGUACACAGCUGCCCCCUAGACCAGUUCCAUGAUUUGUUGCAGCAGGUGAUCCCUCAGGACUGGGAGAAAGAAUGUCAGCUCCCUAGUUCAACCAAAGAUACAGAAGUCAUUAUCGCAUUGGUAGCCUGUGGAUGUAUCCUCUUUCUGCUCAUUGUCCUCCUGCUCACAGUUCUUCUCCGACAGAAAUCGCAACCAAUCGGAUACCAGCAUGUUUCAGAUGUGGGGGAGGAACACAGCUGAUGGACAGGCAUUGCUCUUCUCUAGUACCUGUGGCCUUGCCACCUCUUAAUCCUGACGAUCCAGGGACCAUGAGAGGCCAACUGAGGGAUUCUUUUAAGCAGGAUUUUAUGAUUUUUAAGUUCUGCAUCAACAAAAUACGUUAAUUUUUACGUUUUUAAAGAUUGGUAAUGGGAACAAAACAAUGCAAUGAAUAACAUGGACAUAAGAUGUCUGCAAAUAAUUGUAUCAUAAGUGAAAUGUUCAGGAUGAUUAGAACGGCUUGCUUGUCCCUGUGUAGAGUACACUGUGGGUUGGUUGUAGUCCCCGGGCUGCUAUUUUAAGGAGCUUAUUUUGUUUUUUUCUUAUACUUCUCUGUGCUGGCUGCAGAAGAGGAAGGUACAGGUACGGUGCAUCUGAAAGCAACACAGACACAAUCGCUAGCUCAUGAUUUAGUGCACGCCUUUACAAAAUCUAGAACAAGGGAAUAUGGUGAUGCUGCAAUAGGUAACGCCCAUGUUGUAGGUUUCAUAACUUGGCUUUUUUUGCAAAUAGAGUUGGAAUCUGAUGAGCCGCUUAAGAUCACAGCUACAAUUUCUGGGUCAUCUUCCUGGAUGGCACCCUUGACCUUUGGAGAUGAUCCUGCCUCAUGGGAAAGAACUGUGUGGGUUUCCAAAAGCCUGGUCCAUGCUUCUUGUCUUGAGGGUUGGGGGGAAAAGCAAGAAGGGGUGAAGUAGCGUCUUGGGCUUAGGUGUAGAUCCCUCUUAAAUGAAGGGCGCCAUGGAAGAGUUCUAGAAAGUUAAUGUAGGGUAGGUCUAAAACUGGAUACACACAAUACAACUUUUGUUUGAUUUUCCUUUAGAUUUACCAAAACCAUGUAGUGCAAUGGGCCUGCCGGAUUGCAUACAAAUUGAAACGCUUAUGGUUUUACCUCCAUAUUGUAUGUUUUUGGUAAAUCCUAAAGGAAAACAAUCUAAAGAAAAUUGUAUAGUGUGUAUCCAGCUUUACUUGAUAUUUCUCUUUCACCCAUUAAAUUAUUUCUGAUAUGUAGCAAACCAUGCAGUGGAGCCAUCUAGUGGUAAAGAAUAUUGUGUGUUUCUUCCAUAGUAAUAGUUUAUACACCAGAUGUGUCUCUGUUCUGCCCAAGCACUGCUGUUUUUUACUCCCUACUUGUAUUUUUUUUUUUUUUUUUUUUAUGUCUCUAAAUAUGUGGUUUUAGCUAUUUUAGAUUUGCACCCCUUUGUUUUUUGUUUUCACAUUGUCAGAUUCUUGAAUUUUAUUUAAGUACUGUUGGCAUUAUAUUCAUGUGUUAUGCUGUU